ACAAAGAUUUAUUGGAGUCAGGAUAUUCAAUUUUGUUACAUCAUAAGGCUAUGUUUGUUGUCGGUGUACUUCAAGAUAAUACUGAUCCAAUGGUUAGUGUUAUGAAACUUGAGAGAGCACCUACAGAAUCGUAUACAGAUAUUGGUGAUUUAGAACAACAAAUUCAAGGAAUCAAAGAAUCAAAGAAUCCAUAG